AUGCUGCUUGUCCUCGCCUCCUCGGCCGGCUGGCUGUCGCCACCGACGCGGCAGCCUUUCAGGCUGCUCUCGAUGCGGCCGCGGCUGUCAGGUAGCUCCAUGGCCAGCGAUGAACUGCCUGCUAGCUCCGUGGCCAGCGAUGAGGCGGUCGGCCAGCGCGAGUACCUCAUCGCGCCGCGGGACGUGGACGGCGCCUCUGGCUGGGUGGAGACACGCCCCGACUACCCGCUGCCUCGGAUGUGCAUCGUCGCGCGGCGAGGACGCCUCACCAACGCGGCGGUCGGUGAGUUCCUGCAGUUCCUCGGUGACGCGCUGGCGCUUCAGGCGCCGAUGACGGUGCUGUGGGACGUCUCGUCCGAGCCGGGCGGCUUUCCGUCGAUGGAGCAGUUCCGCACCGUCAACCGCUGGCUGGCACAGAACGGCCGCGCCGCCGCAUACGACGCGUGCGUGCAGGGGCACUGCCUGUUUGUCAAGCAGCGGCUGCGCAGACUCGGAAUCCGCACGAUGGCCUCCAUCGCUCGGCCGCCGCAGCCCGUCAAGGCGCUGCCCGUCCGCAUCGACGGCGAGUGGUUCGACCUGAGGCGCUGGCGGGCGGCGCACCCGGCCGGAGUCCACUGGCUGGACGGCUUUGCCGGCCGCGACGCGACCGACGUGAUGCUCUCGCGGCUUCCGAGGCUGAGCGCUGCAGUGCAGCCGCCCUCGCUGCCGCCGGCUUCGGCGCUGACGCUUGGCUUCCGGCGGCUGCGGGCGAGGCUGGUGGCGGAGGGGUGGUACGAGCGGCUCUGGUGGCGCGAGGCGCAGAACCUGCUCCCCUGCCUCGCCUGCUAUGGCGUCGGCUGGCGCCUGGCUCGGGCCGCGCCGUUGCUCGCGACGGUCAGUCUCGCCCUCGGCUCCACGUCGGCCGGCUGGAUCGCGCACGACCUUGUGCACGGGCGAGGCCGCUUCUGCGCCGCGAUGCGCGGCUUCGGCGCCCUGAUGAACGGGCAUUCGUCGACGUGGUGGCGCCGGCUGCAGCACCUGUACGCCCUCCCGGUCUACUCGGCCCUGUUUGCCCUCUGGCGCUUCAACUCAGCGCGCACCGUCUGGUCGAAGCGGCUCUGGCGUGAGGCGGCCCCGAUGGGCCUCAACUACCUGCGGGGGGCCCUAGAAGCUGCACGCGUGUGGAUGGCGCUGUGUUUGCCGCCAGCCGUCGCGGUCGGGCACGUCCUCCUCGCCGGUGCCCUCACCGCAACCAUCGUCACCGUCUCGCAUCAGGCCGAGGACUUGUUCCACGAGCACCAAGACGACUGGGUGGCGUCGCAGGUGCACUCGACCCGCGACGCGGUGACGAGCAGCCCGUUCUCCGAGUGGCUCUGGGGAGGGAUGCAGUACCAGCUCGAGCACCACCUGCUGCCCACCAUGCCGCGCUACCGCUACCCCUCCGCCGCGCCGCUCGUGCGGCAGCUCUGCGCGGAGCACGGCGUCGAGUACCGGGUGGACUCGGAGCUCGGCGUCGUGCGGCGCAACUUUGCGAUGCUGCGCGAGGUGGCGAGGGCGGGUGCGGAGGAGGGCGCGCUGCCGACGCGCACCGAGACGGUGUGGAGCAGGAGGGACGGCGCGGCGUGGGUGGGGUCGAACUAGAGGAUCCGUUUGGACGCCGAAAAGACUCUCGGGGUGCUAAGUAAGUAUAGAGGGUGUGGACCGUG